CCAAUCAUCUUAGGCUGUGAUCUAGAAGAGUUUGAACGUGUAGUUGCCCGCAUACAAAACUACAAGAUCGUUGAAAUCGAAGAGAUGGGUUUUGGACCGGUUCACAUAGUCAGAGGUAUUAAGUUGAACGUUGAGCUAUGCAAAAUGUUAUUGUCAAAUUUUGACUUUAAGAAUUCGACGGUUAAGAUACAUGGGCGCAACCUUUCCAUCAACGCCAAGGACGUGGAACGCGUUAUGGGACUGAGGUGUAGGGGGACUGAAGUGGAUAUGAACUGCUCAACUGAUGAUCCGGUUUUAGUUGAUCUGAAGAGAAGGGUAUGCGGCGAUGAUACAGACAUAUCUUUGAAGAAAUUGAGGGGUAUGAUUUUGCCCACUUAUGAUGACGAAGAGUUGUGGAAGGUUUGUUUUGCGCUUUAUGCCCUUGUCACCGUGUUUUGUUCGUCAAGAUCAUGUUAUGUAUAUCCAAGACUGAUGGUGCCAUUGAAGAACCCAGGUCUGAUUAGGACCCAUAAUUGGGCGGGGUUUGUAUUUUCAAAGUUGGGUAAGGGAGUUAAUGCCUAUCAGAGUGGUGAACCAAUUCACGUCGGUGGUUGUUUGAUAUUCCUACAGCUGUUCUAUCUCAGUGUACUUGGUGAGAAAAUGUUUGUUUUUCCCAGCAUGUGUCUACAUGUUUUGUCCUGGGGCCAAAAUGAGUGCGAGAGAAUGUAUCAGAGGAUUGAAGAAGCUGGUGGAUUCUAUGCGACUGAUGGUGUUUGGGUGAGUCGGAGAAAUUGUGGAGGGAGAUCGUGUGAGUAUUCAGGUUCUGUGGAUUACAGUACUGGUUUGAAAACUAAUGUUGUUGAUGGGCGAACUGAAGUCCGAGAUGGGGGAUGUGCAAACUGCAGUUGGAAGUUUGGAAACAAUAAUCUAUGAUGUCCUUCCUGAAAUUGCUAAUCUGGCCGACUUCCUGAAAUCCAUAAGGGCCACUGUUUCUAAUUUAAGGCUAAGGAAGGGAUGAGUGAACUAGAAUGAAAGUGCGGAAUGUCGUUGUCGAUAAGUUGAAUGGUGCAGGGCAUGUGGAGCGCCAGUUGAUGAGUCUUUGGACACAUGCACCGCUGACGGGCACCGUGAUCGUGAGAAAGUGCGUGCACAUAUGAGGUCUAGAGAAGAAGUAGUUGGCAGGUCUGGUCAAGGGAAAGUGACAGGGGAACACAUUAAACUCCCAGAAAGGAGAUUGAUUCGCAGCAUAAACGAUCCUUCACCCAAAACCAGGGAGCUGAUGGCGUACCUGUUUAGCCGAAGGGGCCGUGGAGUUGAUGAUUUAGCCAGGUAUGGGUGUUAAUUGUGAAAGGUCUUGGCAUGUGGUUGAAUUGAUUUUACUGCUAUGAUCUACCCAAAAUUGUAAUAACACAAUUUGAUCUUAUUUGAAUCAUUGUGUUAGUCACUAAAUAGAGUCGCAUAAUAUUUGAAAAAAUGGUCCUCAUUUGA